AUAAGCAGAAAACACAGAGACAGAGGACGAUCAGUUCAGACAUUACAGUCGGAGACAUGGAGGGGAUUUAUUCACAAUUCACUGUGAGGACGUGUUUCAGCUUUUUACUUCUGAUUCUGCUCCAAACGUCCACUGAGGCCCAGAUUUGUUCUGCUCCUCUAAGUGUGAAUUUUGAAGAAAACCAGCCGGCUGGUGUCGAUGUUGUGACAAUCACUGUCCAACCAGAGGUAACCCUCACUUUCACCGCUCCAGCCCCUGCCAACCCAUUCAGGCUCGAAGGAAACAAGUUGAAAUCCAAUAGGAUGUUUGACCUUGAGACGGAAACAAAACUUCAUACAGCCUCCAUCACCUGCACUGAACCUGCCUCCGGCAUUAAGUUGGACCUCGUCAUUGUUGUAAUUUUGGAGGAUGUGAAUGAUAAUCCUCCAACCUUUACUAAGAACCCCUACAAUAUCAGCGUCGAAGAGAUGUCUCCUGUCGGCAAAUCAGUGGGCAGCUUCCCUGCCACAGAUUUAGACGAAACUUCAGAUAUCUUCUACUCACUGACGUCGGAGUCGAAUGCAUUCAAACUCGAGUCUCCUAGAAGCGCUGUUCUCCUCGUUGAGACACCUCUGGAAUACGACAAAGUCAAAAAUGUCCAGCUGGUAUUAAGAGCCCAGGACACACCGUUGACAGGAGGAAGUGGCGGUGUUUCUCACACUGCCACCACCACCAUCAAUGUUGCCAUCACGGAUGUGGAUAACAGACCGCCGUGGUUCCAGCCAUGCACCACGCACAACAUGGACGGGACUCUGAUCUGCCAGAGCGAAGGCUACACCGGGAGGGUUGACUUAAAUGAACAAGAGAGUGGUGCGUUGCCCCUUAAACCAGGACCAGUUAAGGCCAUCGAUGGAGACUCUGGGAUAAAUGAGGAGAUAACAUAUUCCUUUGUGAGCGGAGAAGAUGGUGGCGGUCUAUUUGCGAUAGACUUAAACACAGGACUCAUCACCAUGCUGAAGCCGACCGACGUGGUGGGGACAAUCAGUCUGACUGUGCUGGCUGCCCAGAAGACGAACAGAUUUCAGUUUGCGACCACUUCUGUCACAAUAAGUGUUCAGGUGAAGAGUCUCCACGUUCCACGGUUUCAAAGGCCUCAGUAUGAAGCUGUCGUCUCUUCAGUCGGGGCCAUGGCGAUGGACUCCAGCAACACAGACAAUCUGCUGCGCAUCCUCGCCACAGACGAUGACUACAUUGCCACUGGGGGUCUAAAUCCCUACAUCACCUACUCCAUAACUGGCAGCACUGAUUUCUCGGUUAUUAACGGAUAUUUAUUCAUGACUAAGCAGCUCGCAGACUCCACAUUGUCUCUGCAGAUCGUGGCUACAGAUACAUCUAAUGACGAGACAGCUGUAGCUCAGCUGUCAGUGGAGGUGAAAUCAGGUCUCACCACCUCCAGUUUACCUCUGAGCACUACAGACAGUACGGCCACGCCAUCUGUAGGGGAAUCAACCACAAACAGCCAGACCACUGAAGAUACCGUGCCAACCACCAACCCUGCCACAACUGGCCAAAGCACCAUCUCGGCCACUUCCUCCAGUGUGACCAGUGAAGGCAGUGUGUCAACCUCUAAUCCCAGUGCGACCAGUGAGGGAGGCAUCUCGACAGCCAGCUCACCUCACCCUGCAACAGUGAUCAUACCGUCUGGUGGCUAUGGGCCAGCAGACAUGGCAGCGCUUGGUGCAACGCUGGGUGUCCUUCUGUUCAUCUGUCUGGUUGUCAUCGUGGUAUUUGCCCUUCGCAUCCAGAGGGAAAAAACAGACUGGAAAAAGAUCCAUGAAACCAGCACAUUCCGAAGCACAAUGGGUCAAGGUUCAGGCGGUCCAAAGGAAGGUAUGCAGUACACCAAUGACGCCUUCAUGAACGAUGAAGACAGAGACAGCCCAGAGGUGGGAAAGAAGAUGGCGGGCGAAGAGCCACAGAAAGCGUCUGGGGACUUUAUGCUUGAAGAAGCCAUUGUGAAGUCCACAGUGCCGCUCCAUGCCCUACUGGGUGACGAUGCCAUCCAGGAAGAGUCAGACAAGGACGACAAUGAUAAGGAGAUGAAGCCCAUCCUGACCAGAGAGAAACGCAUGGAUGACGGGUACAAAUCAGUCUGGUUUAAGGAGGACAUUGAUCCAGACGCCAAAGAGGAGGUGGUCAUUAUCCCAGACAGCAGAGAGGACGACAGCGAGGACGAAGAAGAGGAAGAACAGUCAUCCAGCAGCAGAGAAGAGAACGACGACGAUGACAACCUCGGCAUGACCCCAAGAGCAGUCUUCAACGAUGCAGAUCUUGACAGUGGACUUGGUGUGAGGAUCGAGGAUCCAGCAGAGGACUCAGAGGAGGGAGAGAGGGUGACUUAUGAUCUGUGAAAUAGGCACUUAAUGGGACACGAGAGCACACAGCUGGAACCACCUAUAAUAAAAUGUAAAUCUUGUUGAUCAGCAGGCAGUCCUUUAUAUGAUAUCACUCUUUGACUGAAGUCCGCUAACACAAACCCAUGCAGGACUGAACAUGCCUCAAAAAAGAUAAGAAAAAGUCUAUAUUAAUCUCAGUUCAAUUUUAUCCUUUCUUCUGUGCAUGACAGUUCUGAUCUCGAGUGAAUCAUUUACAGCUUUUAUUCUUUAUGUAAAUACUUAAAAAUGAAUGUAUUGUAAAAUCUUUAUAAAAAGAGUAUAAUGUCCAUGUUUUUUAAAAGUUGAUGCUGCUGAGAUGAAUGUAGAGGAAACUAGUGUUGUAGUACUCAAGACCAAGGCCGGUCUCGUGACCAUUUUUUAAGGUUUGGGUCUCGUCCUGUCAUCUCACGCAUUUUUACUCAGACUGGGCGGACUCCAGAUUUUAAAUCAAGACCAGUCAAGACCACCACUGACAGGCUAUUUUCUCAUGUCAUUACUGUGAAGAAGGAAAACACCCAUUUCAUAAGGAACAAAUAACUAGUUAAUUUGUAGUUCGGUUGGUCUAGGUCUUGUCCCAGUCUCGCCCUGCCUUGGUCUCAGUUAGUGUGGUCUUGACUUAAACACUAGUGGACACAAAGAAAUGGAGUGCAGAUAUUGUUAGAGCCCUAGUGGCCAUUGCUAGUAUUGCAGACAUUUAGUUUAAGGGAUUUAAAAUAAAAAAAUGUUGAUAAAUAUCUGCAUUAAUCACACUGUGUGAAACUAGAAAUGAACAGAGGGAAACUGCAGGUGAAAUGAUCCGUCAGCGACAAUAAAACCCUCCCAGCUGAUACCGAAGACUCUAAAACAUUAUGACUGAAACUUUGAACUUCCUUUAAAUAAAAAAGAAUUACGUAAAUAAAAGAA